AUGGAAGACGCACAUGACGGCGACGAAUGGGUAUCAUCAGCUUUCCUCACUGAAGUGAACAACGAAUUCUCCAAGCAAGAUACUAGCGGUCGACCCUAUGAAGAGGACCCAGAAAAGGGCUUUACAAUGGACAUAAUGAUGAUGAUGGACAUUGAAAAAGUGAGCAUGCUACGUAAUGAGUUCGAGCGCAAGGGCAAGGGGCUAUCUGUUGCCGAGUUUGUGUACGUCAUGAUGCGAUUCGUAGAGCGCAGCGCCCACACAGACAAAAAGUCGCGGCUUAAUGAUUUGAGCGAGUCGCAGCUUAUCGGAAAUUUGUGCGAGCUUUUCGCACAGAUCGAUAUUAAUGGCGAUGGCUCGAUGGAGUGGGAAGAAUUUACGUCGUUUAUUGUGGACACGGGACUGACCGCCAAGAGUCACCAGCCACACUCAAUACAACAAUAUCAUCAUGUGCAGUGGGAAGACGCCUCGAAACACAACACUUUCAUCGACCAUAUAUAUUACUUCUCAUCAAAGGACCUCGUGGCGCUCGUUGAAACUUGCAGCCCGUAUCUUAAGUUUUACAACGUCAACUGCGAGCUUUAUCGUACCAUUAAGUCACCUGAAGGCUUUGUACAAUGUGCCGAGCACUUGCCCAAGCACAAUCAAUACAUCGUGGCAUCUUCCGACCUGCAGUUCCGCUUUUAUGACGAUACUACAUUAAAGCUCACGAAGUGUUGCCAUACUCCAACGUCGCAGAAUUGCCUUAAAUGGUAUCCAGAGUCAUUUGUACUCUUCUCAGGCGGGAAAAGUGGCAUUGUCCAAGCCUGGAAUGCUGAAAGUAUGGAAGAAAAACAUCACAUGAGCGGCGAGGUGCAUGGACAAGUCUUGUCUCGAUCUCAUGAUGACGCUGUACUUGAUCUCCUCACGCUACCCACGCUCGAGUCUCUCGCAUCUGCCAGUAUGGACCGGACUAUCCGAUUGUGGGAUGUACAUACAGGGAAGUUAAAACAGCAACUGGAGGGCCACGAUAAAGGCGUGCGAUCGCUAGCCUAUUCUCCUGAAUAUCGCUUUCUUGUGUCAGCUGGAUUUGAUUUCGAUGCUGUGGUUUGGAAUCCCUACGUUGACCAGCUUAUCCUUCGGCUGCAUGGCCACAAUAAUAGUCUUUGUGGGGUCGAAAUAAUUCCCGGUACACCCCAGAUCAUCACAGCUGAUGUCGACGGGAUUUUUAAAGUCUGGGAUAUACGCAAUUUUGCCUGCAUGCAGACCUUCACUGCAGAUAAUGUGGGAGAAGUUAAAAGUAUUGUCUCGAUCAUCUCAUCUAAAAGGAUUCUUGCAGCAGGAAAAAAGAUAGUCAAGUUUGACUACGAAAAGUUAGAAAAUCCGCAUCUAACCGACAACCACCCGGUAUUUUGCGCGCUGUAUAACUCACGGUCACUCUCAUUCGUCACAGCUACCAGAAAGAAUGUCAAAAUCUGGGAUGCGCGUCUUGGCAAGCUUAUUCGCGUGUAUAGAAAUUUGAGCUCGACGGAUUUGACAACUAUCUGUCUAGACUUCCGAGAGCGCAAACUUAUCGUCGGAGACCAUGGGGGUAAUAUUCAUGUGUUUGACUAUUUGAAUGGCUCGCACAUGAAAUCAUUCAAAAACCCUGAGAUCGGCAAUGGUGCACACACCGCUGAAGUAACCAAAUUGUGCUACUGCGCCGAUCACAUGUCUGUCAUAAGUGUCUCAUGGGACUGUUCCAUCAGUAUUUACGAUGAAAGAGACUCGGAUCGCGGUAUACUGCUUCGACAAAUUAGUGGCGGACACUCCAUGGAUAUUACAGCGCUCAGCUUUUCGCACCAUCUCUCUCUUCUUGCGUCAGGGUCCUCAGACUGCACGUUGCAAGUAUGGGACUAUGAAUUUGGACGUCUUGAUGCAACGUGUAUCGGUCAUGUGAGUGGCUUGUUGUGUUUACAGUUUCUCGAUCCAUUCCCGCUGCUCCUGUCCAGCGACAACACAGGCAAUCUUUGCUUUUGGGCCAUGCGUCCAUCAGCUCAGUAUAAGGGAAAAUGCGUCUUUCGCUUUCGUAACCAGUUAACCCAAUCGGAAAGUGUACCCGUGAACUGUAUUGCCACAGACUCAAUCCGCCAUACUUUCUCAAGAUCGCGCACCACCGUUGGCAGUAAAGAUGAGGGUGAUAAUCUGGAUUUUAUGUCAUACGUCGUCAUCACGGGAGAUGACAAAGGAUUUGUGAGUGUGUGGAACAUUCUGCCGCUGCUUGAGCAUCUUGCAAAGCACUUUGACCUUAAACCGCUGGCCAAGCCUGUUGAAUGUGUAAACGCGCACAGAAAUUUGCGAGUGGAUGCGACCAGUAUGGUUCGCAAGGCACACAACACACCAGAGUGGGUCGCUUAUGAACAUCGCGAUCCGCUUUCAUCAUUCCUAUUUUCCUUGGGUAUGCCACUCGUCGCGAACGAGGUGGAGAGCGACGGGGAAAAUCGACAUGUAGAUGGGAAGAUGCAGAAAGUGCCACCAGUAUCGCUCGUACGCCGCUGGAAAGCACAUGACGACGUGGUGUAUUCGGUGCAAAUGAUUAAAGAGCCAAAGACAUUCAUAUCAUCUUCGUUUGACCGUCAAGUUAAACUCUGGUCUCUGAACGGCGAUUGUCUGGGUGUGCUCAUGCAGGGCGGGCAAAAUCCAUCAAGUAGCGACAAUAAAUUAUGCACUGACCAUAGCGAAACCUCGCAACGCGAUUGGCGCUUCACUGUAGACUAUGAUACUCGUGAGCACCAAAAAGAGAAAAUUUCCGCCCCUGUUGCGAAAGUUGUGCAUGCAAUGAUGCAUCUUGAUAAACAACGGGAUGUGAUGAUCGAGCGACGUCGGCAGGAAUGCGUCGAUGACAGCACCCUAGAGGAUUUUUCGCGCACACAUUUACCAUCGCUUUUCCCUAGUCACGCAGCAUCAACUCUCAAACCCGAUCUCAGCAUUUCUUUGACAUCAGAUGUACUAAGCUGUGAAACGGGCUUCAUAGCAGGACGAUCGGCUUUAGUGACAGCAAGUCCACGCCAGGCACGGCUUCGCAGUAGCAACAAUCGAUCGACUUAUCCGCAUAGGCCAAUGAGCUGA